AUGUUCUUACGGCUUAAAGGACGUUUUAGGAAAACUACACAACAUAUCUCUCGUCAAUUAGUUACAUUUUCGCGCGUUUUUCUUCACUUCGAUUUCCGAUCUUUCGAAUACAUUUCUAACUUAACUGUUACAUCAAGAGAAAUGCCCUCCAACGUUGAAAUCAAAGCAAAAGUAAAAGAUUUUGAAACCUUCAAAAGAAAAGCAAAGGAAAUCAGUGAUUCAGAAGGUAAGACGUUUGCUUUAAGACAAGCGGGCGGGCAAGUUAAUUUGUCGCUUGAAGUCCCUGUUGGAAUGUAAACGAGUUUUACCUGCUGCAGGCGACCUUUAGAUGCAAAUUUUAAAAAACACCUUUAUGAUAACAUAGUCCAGCUGAAAUUUGCACUACGUCUUUUUACAUUUGCUUGCCUAGGAGAGAUUAUCGAGCAGAAAGACGUAUUUUUCAAUGUACCACAAGGAAGGCUCAAGGUACUUGUGAAAAAUUCUCAUGGCUAACACACACAACUGGUCUCAACACAUAUCUUUAUCAGCUGGUCUUGGGAAUUUAGUGUUUAAUAAUUUUAGGACUGAUCACUCUUAAGGGGUUAAAGUUAAAAUUUCAAGUGGGGAUUUUCUGUCCGAUGUCAUUUAGCUCAAUGUCAUGUGGUGCAACUGGUGUAAAGUCUUACCGACCUCGGCAAACUUAAAAAGAAGAAAGUAAUAUACUUAAAUAAUUGUAGUAACUAAAGAUAAUAAAACAUUUUUUUAAAAAGAUUGGGUGGUUGAGUCCAAACCAAACUGGCCUACUGUGAUUUAUGUUUGUGCAUGUCAGGAUGAAUGAUACAGCAGAAAUUUUUUCUUUCAGUUACGAUUCCUUCAGAAUGAGCCAUCUCAACUCAUCUUUUAUCAAAGAGAUGACAGAUCUGGCCCAAAGGUGUCAGAAUUUUAUACUGCAACAACUGAUAAACCUGAUGAAUUAGCUGAUGUUCUGUCCCGUGCGGUUGGAGAGAAAGGUAAAAGGGUAUUAAUAAGAAGGAAAGUUUCUACCGAUCAGUCACUUCAAAAUAGUGGGAAGUUUUACUAAUCUUUUUCCCCCAAGGGUGACUAGAAUCUAAUUUCUCCUUACACUUUAACCCCUUGAUUGAACAUUAAGGUCAUAAUAAUAGGGGGAAUGAUCAUGAACAAAAACAGUUCCUGAUUAUUAAACAAAUUUUCUUUGUCAGCACCUGAGGAAAUGUAUAUUGAAUAGUAGAGAGAACAUGGAUUCUGAUAUAAUGGGAUGAAGGAUAAAUAGUCCUGCAUAUUCCAGUUCAAAAAUAUACUAGAAACUUAAAAUAAAGUUAUCCAUUAGGCUUCAGCAACCUCUAUUACUAUGAUUUUGGGGAAACUGUUUCUGCGCAAUUCUGUUUGACUUAGUCCCCUACAUGAUGCUAUUAGCUGUUGAAGUCCCUAGAGAAUUGACCAAGAAGCUCUCCAUGGAGUCAUUAAUUGAAGAUAUGAGUGAUUAUCUUGGGUUUUUAAGGUGAGAAUUAAUUUCUUUACUUGGUCAGGUGUGGUUAAGAAAAAGCGUCUCUUAUAUCUUGUGGGACAGACAAGAGUACACUGUGACGAAGUUGAAGGAUUGGGUUGUUUUAUGGAACUGGAGGUUUGACAACAUUUCUGAAUAUACAAUGUACACAUAAUUAUUAUAAAUUAAGAAAUACACAACUUUGUGCUUCCUUUUCCAUGAUUUCUAUUGUUGCAUUUCAUUUUAUUCAUCGUAUCAGCGAACAGGUCUGCAUCUCAUUAAAUCUGCUUCAUCUUAGGUCGUGAUGAAGGAAAACCAAAGUGCAAUGGAAGGAGAACAAAUUGCAAGGGACUUAAUGUCAAAGCUAGGAGUUGAAGAAGCUGAUCUCAUCAAAGAGGCUUAUAUAGAUUUGCUUUCUACAAAAACUGCAUAAAACAAAGGGUGUGGUACAUGGAAGAACAAAAUGUAACCUAUAUAUCCAUGGACUAUCAUCCCAUCCACAAGAACAUGGUUAAAGUAUGUUCUUUCAUAGAAUCCCUUGAUAGCAAUUAACUUAGGUCUAAGAAGUUUAUUAAAGUUAAUAAUGCAUCCUCUCUUAC